CUUGAGGAGAAUCAAACCAGAGGAUUGAAGUUUGAACCUUCAAAGAUCAAAAUCAAGAAAACAAAAAAAAGAUAACAAAAAAAAUGUGGGAUCUAAACGACGCACCACACCAAACACUUAGAGAAGAAGAAGAAUCUGAAGAGUUUUGUUAUUCUUCACCAAGUAAACGGGUCGGAUCUUUCUCUAAUUCAAGUUCUUCUGCUGUUGUCAUCGAAGAUGGAUCCGAUGACGAUGAACUUAACCGGGUCAGACCCAAUAACCCACUUAUCACCCAUCAGUUCUUCCCUGAGAUGGAUUCUAACGGCGGUGGAGGAGAUGGUGGUGUUGCUUCUGGCUUUCCUCGUGCUCACUGGUUUGGUGUCAAGUUUUGUCAGUCGGAUCUAGCGACCGGAUCGUCGGCGGGUAAAGCUACCACCGUAGCCGCUGCCGUAGUGGAACCGGCGCAGCCGUUGAAAAAGAGCCGGCGUGGACCAAGGUCAAGAAGUUCUCAAUAUAGAGGCGUUACGUUUUACCGGCGUACCGGAAGAUGGGAAUCUCAUAUUUGGGACUGUGGGAAACAAGUUUACUUAGGUGGAUUUGACACUGCUCAUGCAGCUGCUCGAGCAUAUGAUAGAGCUGCUAUUAAAUUCCGUGGAGUAGAAGCGGAUAUCAAUUUCAACAUCGAAGAUUAUGAUGAUGACUUGAAACAGAUGACCAAUUUAACGAAGGAAGAGUUCGUUCACGUACUUCGCCGACAAAGCACAGGCUUCCCUCGAGGAAGUUCUAAGUAUAGAGGUGUUACUUUGCAUAAGUGUGGUCGCUGGGAAGCUCGAAUGGGUCAAUUCUUAGGCAAAAAGUAUGUUUAUUUGGGUUUGUUCGACACCGAGGUCGAAGCUGCUAGAGCUUACGAUAAAGCUGCAAUCAAAUGUAAUGGCAAAGACGCCGUGACUAACUUUGAUCCAAGUAUUUACGACGAGGAACUCAAUGCCGAGUCAUCAGGGAAUCCUACUCCACAAGAUCACAACCUCGAUUUGAGUUUGGGAAAUUCGGCUAAUUCGAAGCAUAAGAGUCAAGAUAUGCGGCUCAGGAUGACCCAACAACAACAAGAUGCUCUCCACUCUAAUGAAGUUCUCGGAUUAGGUCAAACCGGAAUGCUUAACCAUAUCCCCAAUUCAAAUCAGCAAUUUCCGGGCAGCAGCAACAUUGGUGGCGGAGGCGGAUUCUCACUGUUUCCGGUGGCUGAGAACCACCGGUUUGAUGAUCGGGCCACGACGAACCAAGUGUUGACAAAUGCUGCAGCAUCAUCAGGAUUCUCUCCUCAUCAUCACAAUCAGAUUUUUAAUUCUACUUCUUCUUCUCAUCAAAAUUGGCUGCAGACAAAUGGCUUCCAACCUCCUCUCAUGAGACCUUCUUGAAUCUUUAUUAUUAUAUAUAUAAGGAAAACCAAAUUAGGAAAAAAAUGAACCUUUAAAUCUCCCAUAUUUUCUUGGUCAUUCCAUUAAUCAUCGGCUUAUCUUUUGUUUAUUGCCCUUAAAACCUCUUGUUAGAAAAAUUAAUGGAAAUCUUUUUC